AACGUAAACCCUACGAGGAAUUCUCGAUCUCGGCUCGAACCACCACCCGGACCCGCGUCAACCCACCGCGCGUCCGCUUCUUGGGAAGUUCAUGCUGCACAGGCAAUGGCUCCUGCGAUGAAGAUUGUGUUCGGGCUGCUGACGUUCGUCACUGUGGGGAUGAUCAUCGGUGCUUUUCUUCAGUUGGCAUUUAUUCGACGGCUGGAAGACUCAUACGGCACGAAGUUUCCAUCUUUUAAAGGAGCUCGUAAAAGUCAGAAAGAUGGCUAUCUUAAGUUACCUGGAGGCAUUUCAUUUUGGGAAAAUGAUAAAGAAGCUGAAAUCUUGCGCCUUGGUUAUGUCAAACCUGAGAUUAUUAGUUGGUCGCCCCGAAUCAUUGUACUACACAACUUUUUAAGCACGGAGGAAUGUGACUAUCUCCGAGGCAUUGCCCUUCCGAGGCUUCAGGUUUCUACAGUGGUGGAUUCAAAAACGGGGAAGGGAAUCAGGAGUGAAGUUAGGACAAGCUCUGGUAUGUUUCUGAAUCACGAAGAGAGGAAAUUUCCUAUGGUGCAGGCAAUUGAAAAGCGCAUUUCUGUCUAUGCUCAAGUUCCUAUAGAGAAUGGGGAGCUCAUUCAAGUCUUAAGGUAUGAAAAGAAUCAGUAUUACAAGCCACACCACGAUUACUUCUCUGACACUUUCAACUUGCAGCGCGGUGGUCAGCGAGUAGCCACAGUGCUUAUGUAUUUGAGUGAAAAUGUGGAGGGAGGAGAAACUUAUUUUCCUAUGGCUGGAACAGGUGAAUGUAGCUGUGGCGGAAAGAUGGUGAAGGGCUUAUCAGUGAAGCCAGUGAAAGGAGAUGCAGUGCUCUUCUGGAGCAUGGGACUAGAUGGACAAUCGGAUCCAAAGAGCAUACAUGGAGGAUGCGAGGUUCUAGCCGGCGAGAAAUGGUCAGCUACUAAGUGGAUGAGGCAAAGAAUCACCAGCUAAAUUGAUUUCUGAGUUAUUAGAUUACACGGGGUGGAUUUUCUUGCACAUUCGUCACCCCGAUAUAAGCAUCUUAACAUGAUAGGAAUGAAGUUUCAUGUUGGUGACAGAUACAAAAUAGACACGGCGAAGAUAAUAUAGUGAUGAAGUGUUCUAAAGUCGGCAAAAUGGAUUGCCGACCCUAUUUUUUGAA